UCGAGGGUGGCGAUGGCACGGUGGGAGGUUUGGGGAGUCCUCUCGCUCCUGGCGGCGGCUACGGCCGCGGCCGCUGCGGAGGGGAAUGCGGAGCCGCUGAUUCGGCUGCCGACGCAGAAGCCGCAAGACACUGCUGCUGCCGCCCCUGCCCCUGCCCCUGCGGCGGCGGCGGAGGAGGAAGGGGUCACCAGGUGGGCCGUGCUCGUUGCCGGCUCCAAAGGAUACGACAACUACCGGCACCAGGCCGAUGUGUGCCACGCCUACCAGAUUCUGAAGAAGGGAGGAGUGAAGGAGGAAAACAUUGUGGUGUUCAUGUACGACGAUAUCGCCCACGAUCCCCAAAACCCAAGACGCGGAGUCAUCAUCAACCAUCCUGAAGGCAAGGAUGUUUACGCUGGUGUUCCCAAGGACUACACUGGUGACCAGGUCACCACUGAAAACUUCUUUGCUGUUCUCAUGGGCAACAAAACUGCGGUUACUGGAGGGAGUAAGAAGGUGAUAAACAGCAAACCAAGCGACCACAUUUUCAUCUAUUACACGGACCAUGGGGGCCCUGGUGUUCUUGGUAUGCCCAACCUGCCAUAUCUUUAUGCUGACGACUUCAUUAAGGUGUUAAAAGAAAAACAUGCUUCCAAGAGUUACUCAAAAAUGGUUAUUUAUGUUGAAGCUUGUGAAAGUGGCAGUAUGUUUGAGGGAAUAAUGCCACAAGAUCUUAAUAUUUAUGUUACAACUGCAGCAAAUGCAGUCGAAAGUAGUUAUCCUGCAUACUGCCCUGGGAUGAAACCACCACCUCCUCAUGAAUUCCUUACCUGUUUGGGUGACGUCUAUAGUGUUUCUUGGAUGGAAGACAGCCAAACUCACAACCUAAAGGAGGAAACAAUCAAGGAUCAAUACGAUGUGGUUAAAAGGAGAACUUCAAACUCAGAUAAGGUCAAUAUGGGUUCUCAUGUUAUGGAGUAUGGUGACAAGACAUUCAAGGAUGAGAAGCUUUUCCUGUAUCAAGGUUUUGAUCCUGCAAAUGUCAACAAGACUAACAAGCUGCUUUUGCCUAGCCUGGAUGGUGCAAUCAAUCAAAGAGAUGCGGAUCUUCUGUUCAUGUGGAAGAGGUAUGAACAGUUAAAGGGGGGAUCAGAAGAGAAGCUGAGGGUUCUCAGGGACAUCAAAGAAACUGUGGUGCACAGGAAGCAUCUCGACAGCAGCGUCAAUUUCAUCGGGAAGCUUCUGUUUGGAUUUGAAAAUGGGCCUUCAAUGCUUGAGGCUCCUAGAAGCUCAGGCCAACCAUUAGUCGAUGACUGGGAUUGUUUGAAGAGGAUUGUGCGGGUUUUCGAGUCCCACUGCGGAUCAAUCACUCAGUAUGGCAUGAAGCACAUGAGGGCAUUCGCAAACAUCUGCAACAACGGCAUCUCUGAGGCCGAGAUGAAGGAAGCGAGCGUCAGCGCCUGCGGCGCCUACAACUUGGGGAAGUGGAGCCCACUGGCUAUAGGGUACAGCGCCUGA